AUGCACAGAAACGUUCCGAAAGAAAAAGACGGUGUGACAUAUAACGUACAUCUACCUCCCAUAUAUUCCUUACUUUGGCAAUGGAAGGCAGGCAUCAGUAACCAGACCUUCACCUGGCCAGGUUUGCUGGGCGAACAACCUUGCAAAAAGCGCCUGCGGCCGGAGCGCGCUGAAGUGAUCCCUAGUGCUACGGUGCAAAGUUUGGCUCGCAGCCUCGCCCGUGGAGCACCGGCAGUGCAAGUUGCAGAGCACGCCCAAGCUAUCUUAGAUGAUGAUGCAGCCAACGGCUUUGCGCGGAAGGACCGCACCUUGCAGCGCUUGGCUCGGGCUGGAGCUGCACAUUCUGCGAGAGACGUCUUUGCCGCCUUGAAAGAUGCUGCGUUGAAAGUGUCGAUGAAAAUUUCAUAUGUGAGCUUGGGCCAAGCCAGAGAACACCCAAUGAUUCCGCCAAGUGACUUCGUUUUGGCUUUGACCCAGAGGAACCGGCUGGCCUUACUCCUCCCGGACACAACUCUGGACUCCAGCGCGUGUGUUUUAGAAGAGUAUUGGAGGCGCUUCAAGCUCCAAUUUGGCGCUGACCAUGACGUGUUCUCCCAUGUCCCUCCGGAGCACCUCUCGAGCUGCGUUCCAAUCAAAAUCCAUGGCGAUGAAGGGCGGAGCAAGAAGAUGCCCAUCAUGCUGCUGAACUUUCAGCCUAUCUUGGGUGCUGGCACAAGCAAGUCAGUAUUGCGGAGCAAGCGGGUGCAAGGAGAGAGCAUGAAGCUCAACAUGCUGGGAAACCCAGAAAUGACAAGGUUCCUGUGCCUGGCUGCCCUCAAGGAGACUUAUGAAGAGGAUGACGCGGCCCUCCCCGAUGCCAUGAAAAUCAUUGCGGAAGACCUGCAUCGGGCCCUUACACAAGGCAUUGACCUACCAGGUGGCCGCAAGCUGCGCUUGGCAUGCACUUCCGUCAAAGGAGACUGGCCAUUUUUGAUAGCUGCCGCCGAUCUCAAUCGUCAUUUCAGGCGUGCCCCAAAAGCUGGACAUACUGAGGGUGGACAUGGGAUUUGCCAUUGGUGCCUGGCUGCGGCGGCUUCUGCACCAUGGGAUUCUCUGCAGCCUUUUACUGCCUUGCUCCCGGCUCCACAUGGCUCACCAGAGAAUCUGUACCGCCCCGACAUCUGGCAUAAUUGGCAUCUCGGCCACGGCCGGUAUUUCUUGUCUUCAGCGUUCAUCAUAGUCCGCAGCCUUUGGAAUGAAGAAUCUGUGCACGAUGGCUUUGCUGGCAUGACGUGUUCGUGGAGAGCCUUUUGCCGCCUCAAGAAAGUCAAGCCUCCUUUGAGCAAACUGACAAAGGAGAUCUGUGGCUACACAGCGUUGGCAGAAGGGUUCAACGACAACUUUGCUGUGCGACGCUUGUUCUUUGAUCUCGUAUCCAUGCAUGUUCUUUGUUCCGCGGUUUUGGUUGGUAAGUGCGUCCCGAGUUCAAUUGCUGAGCAAUUCCUUGAAAGUGCUUUGAUGCAGCCUGAUCGCGCGGAGCUGGUGCUGCUUGACAGGCGCCUUGCCUUGAUAUUGCUUGUGGCAAAAAGCAUAAACUCUUGCAUGCGCAAGCUGUAUGGCGCUGGCGCUUGGCUCCGAGAUGAUGAAGCCGCUGGCAUUGCUGCUGAUGGGCUGUGUGCCUGCAGAGGCUACAGGGCAUUGGCGACAGAAUCUCUUGAACGUGGUGAGCCCCGCUUCCCUCUACAUUCGAAAUUCCACAUGCUUGUGCACACCUUCCGUAACAUGGAGCUGGAUGCAAGGAAGUUGACCUGGCAGGAGUCGCCGAUGUGUGACAACUGCCAGAUGGAUGAGGGCUUU